CGAUCUCCAAAUGAAGAAAUAUUGAUUCUAAAAAAUGCAACAAGUCUCUUUAUGUAAAAGCAGGACGAGUAUUCUACGAAAGGUUCUGGGAUCAGUAGCGCACAAUGCAUGACAGAGGGUUUAGAGAUUUCUCCCGUAGAAGAAUGUUUCCGCUUUGAAGGUGAAAGCGUCGAAGAAAACUCGAAAGGAAGAGGUGAAGAACAGACCGGAGUGGAGUGGCUUUGACAGACGACGAGCAUUGUGAAUUAGGGUUGAAGGUGUGCAAUGGCUGCACAAGUGGAGUGGCAUGUGCGCCCUCCGAAUGCGAAGAAUCCCAUCGUGUUUUUCGAUGUAACAAUCGGCAGUUUGCCCGCGGGGCGAAUCAAGAUGGAGCUCUUUGCGGACAUUGUACCCCGAACGGCAGAGAAUUUCCGGCAAUUAUGCACUGGAGAGUUCAGGAAAGCUGGAAUCCCAGUAGGAUACAAGGGAUCUAGUUUCCACCGUGUCAUCAAGGACUUUAUGAUGCAGGGAGGAGACUUUGUGAAGGGAGAUGGAAGUGGUUGUGUCAGCAUCUACGGGAGCAAGUUUGAAGAUGAAAACUUCAUCGCAAAACAUACAGGCCCUGGACUUCUUUCGAUGGCCAACAGCGGAGUCUCAACUAACGGCUGUCAGUUUUUCAUUACAUGCGCCAAAUGUGAAUGGCUGGACAACAAGCAUGUCGUAUUUGGGAGGGUGCUGGGCGAAAGUCUUCUUGUUGUACGUAAGAUCGAGAACGUUCAAACAGGUCCCAAUAAUCGGCCAAAGCUUGCUUGUGUCAUUGCCGAAUGUGGCGAGAUGUAAGCUACAAUUAAUAAUAAUGCAUUUGAUGAAUCGGUAAAGACGUGCACUUCAACUGCUGAUUUAUUCCGAGAAGGGCGACUUCAUGUUCCGAGUAUGAGAUGAAGGGGUUCCACUCCAGAUUUUGGUCUGCAGUAUAGUGGAUGCGGCAGGAGUGAAUCUAGAGCGCAAAUUUGAGAAUUUGGCAUGCGAGGCACAUGUGAUAACAUUCUGAGCAAUUGUAAAUACAGGAUUAGCAAAUACCUUGAUCAAUUGCUUGUAGAUCAGAGGAGGAUUAAGUAGGUCCUCGUUGAGGCUUUUUGUGAAGAAUAGACUUCACCGAUCCAGUAGCUUGAUAACGCUACUGACUAGAUUCAUUGCUAGGCUGAGCAGAAGUGCUGUAUACUAAGCUAAUAUGCAUGGACUUACGAGGAAGGCAUACGAAAGGAUGGACUCGGAAGGUGUGAAAAUUAAAGCUGUACAUUCUAUCUUCUAAAUAUGUGACAGAAAGUUCUGUUUUGGCUAGA